CUGGUGUAUAUGACCAAAAAUGUAUCAUCACGGCUGCCAGCUUGGAUUAUUGUCCUAGCUGUAUAUUUAUGGGCUGGCACCGUUCUGAACCGUGUGAUCACCUUAUCGAUCUUAUGAAUCCAGAGAUGUACGCUUGACAAAUGAUGAAGUUUGCCAGUAGUGCGCAUCGCACUAUGUUCUUGCGCAUGGUAUCUUUGCAAAUAAAAUGUAACUUGCUAAGGCGAUUCGGGGGAGUGCGUCAAGAGGAGUGUCGACUCCUGCGCUCCAAAACGGCGCGCCAGCUUAUCCUUCACUGGGCAUCGGACAUUGUAGACCGUCUACCAGCAGACAGCGACCAACAGGCGGCCUUCGUCGCUAGGGAGUCGCAAAAAAUACCCGAAAACGUACUUAACCAAGACGAUGUAUCGGCUUUAUUGCGCAACGAUGCGGGUUUGAAGUGGCUCGUAUCGCGUCUAGAGGACAGCGAUGCCAUGGUACCGAAACCGUACUUUCCAUCUGUCCUCAGGCACAAUAUGAUGCAGUAUCCAUUUAAACCUUACGACAUUAACAAAUCACGGCAUCUGUAUGGACUUCUGAAGUUUCCCUUCUACAGCCUGACUGCAGACGUCAAUAGGACCGCCUCGGAGAAGUUCACGGGGCUCCAGGACCCCGUGAUGCCAAACGAAUGCACUGUCCCGGGGGAGCACAAUAUCGCAUCAGACCACAUUUACCAAGAUGGCGGCACACUAGCCACGUCGAACUAUAUAUACGCACCCAGUGAACUGGAAACUGGUCUGGGUGGCAAUAUGAUUUAAUCAGUUCCCUGAGACACUACAGUGGAAUGUGACCAAAACUGUAACUAGCAUUUAAAAGAUUAACACGGUUCCAUACAGUAGAUUUGUGUAGUUACCAAGUAUAGCUCAAA